AUGAGGUGAGCUCUUGCAAUUUUAUUUUCCAAAUUGUUCUUUCAGCUUUUCGGAUGAUGGAUGGGGGCUGGACGCCGACGUAAAAGUCGCAGUAACACCUCCAAAGAUUAUCGAAAAAAGUUUGUUUGAAAAACUGAUUCUCAUCAUCAUCAUUAUUUUUCAGUGCCGCAACCAAAAACGGAACCGAUUCGUGUUGUCGCACCCGUGAAACCAACACAUAAAACUUUUGGUCAGCCAGGUGGAGGGCCACAAAGCUUCGCAAAUGCGGGGGCGCCUAAAUUUACGGCGCUGAGUCGUCAACCAGCUCUUCCGAUGGCUACAGAGACUGCGGAAAUCACCAUAGACGCGGACAAAACUAACGUUAACACCACUGACGCCGGAAGUGAUGAUGGAUGGGGAGCGUAAGUAUAGUAAGCUUCUGGAGCUUCGAAUCCAAUGUCGCUUGUUUGCAGGUCACCUGUCAAGAAGCUGCAAGUUCGCGUACCUAUUCCUGCAAAACCUGUAAGAAAAAAUACGUUUUUACAACGAGGCCCGUUUUUAGCGUGAUUUGAAACUUCCACCGCCGAGUAAAGGAGCAGUUUUCUACAAGACAACUGGGCCUCCUAAAGUUGCUGAUGACAUUAUCGAUCUCGACAUAACGAUGUUAGAAAGAUGUAAUCUCGACAGAAUGAAAUCGUAUUAUUUCAGUGACUUGUCGCCAACUCCCCCAGUCGAGAAAGCGACGAGACAGGAGCCAUUGCUUCCUCCUCAAGUUACCAAGUCAGGUGCAUCUUCACGCAAAGGCGGAGAUUUUGGUAAACCGGAUACCAAUACUUUCGUGCAACCCGCCAAGUCUUUUGGAUCAUUUUCCUCUGCAGAGAAAUCUCUCAAAACUGCUGGAUUCGGAGGAGAUCGCGGUUCCAAAGCUAUCCCACUCAAAGAUAUCGAGGAGUUUGGAGGAAACGAUGCUGCCAACAAACAGCCUUCUUUCGCGAGACAGCCAAGCGAGAACAAGAUGAAGACUGAAAGUUUCUCGAUGGAGAACGGUAAAUCUUGUGCGAGAUUCGGAGGACAAACUGCCGAAACUGACAAACUAUCGGAUGACUUCCCAAAAACAACCAAGCCACUUGGUUUUGGAGGAGAUAGUCAGCCGACGCCUUCUUUCGGCGGAAGAGAUCUAGCCCCAAAACCAUCUGGAUUCGGAGGAUCAUUUGGAGGAAAAUCCACUGAUCUUCAAAAGCAGUCUUCUGGAUUUGGAAGCCGUGAUUCUUUGAAAACGGCUGGAUUUGGAGGAUCAUUUGGUGGAAAAACAAGCGAGUCUCAAAAGUCGUCUGUCGGAUUCGGAAACAACGAUGCUCCGAAGUCAUCUGGAUUUGGUGGACAAAAUGUUGAUCUAUCGGCGGCCACUGGCGUCAUUGCUCAAAGAGAGAACCCAAAUAAAACGUCUGGUUUCGGCGGAGGAUUCAGUUCGGUGACGGAUUCAGGAUUCGGAGGGAACAAUGCUGAGAAGCCGAUUAGUGGCUUGGGUGGAAAUUUCGGAUCGCCGUCGAAACCAUCUGGAUUCGGAGGACGCGCUUCUGACGCACAAAAACCUCCACUUGGAGGAUUCGGCGGAACGUCAGCGACUGCAUUUGGUGGUUCGGAACAGUCUAAAUCUGGAUUUGGCGGACAGGCGUCCAGUGGAAAUUUUGGAGGACAAGGACAACAAAUAUCUGAAAAACCUAACUCUGCUUUUUGGGGACCGCCGUCCGGAGGAUAUGGUGGUCAAAAUUCUGAGCAAACUGGAUUUGGAGGAUCUGGAACCACCAGUGGUGUUAGAGGAGAACUUGGUGGACAGCCAUCAAAUAAAGGCGGAUCUUCAAUCAGUAGUGGAUUCGGAGGAAAACCUUCAGCAGCAUUCGGUGGUCAGAUCUUUGACAAACCUAAAUCUGGAUUUGGCGGAACCGGUGCCAGCAGUGGAUUUGGAGGAGAGGGCUUCGGAGGUCAGUCGUCAAAUAGAUUCGGAAAUUCUGGAAUAGGCGGUGGAUUUGGAGGACCGUCAUCUGGUGCAUUUGGUGAAACGGAAGGGAAAGACAGUUCUGGAUUCGGAAAAAGUACUGGUGCCGGAUUUACAACGAGAAAAAGGGAGUUUGGAGAGCCACCGAGAAGUGCUGGCUUCGGGUUUGGAGACGAUAAUGGCUUUGGAUCCGCGAGUGCCUUCGGAGAAAAUAAUGAACGACUUGGAGGUUUCGAAAAUCAACCAUAGCUUUUGAUCAGUUAACAAUUCUUACAGGUGAACGCAAAAGUGGCUGCUACAAUUGCGGAGAGGAGGGUCACCGAAGAGACGAGUGCACGAAACCACAAAAGCCACGAGAGUGCCGUAACUGUGGAAAAGAGGGUCACAUCUCGAGAGAGUGCCAAGAACCGAAAGCUCCGCACGGACCUUGCCGUAACUGCGGACAAGAUGGCCAUUUUGCCAAAGACUGUACGAACGAAAGGGUUCGUAUGGAGCCGACUGAACCAUGCCGUCGCUGUGGUGAAGAAGGCCAUUGGAGUUACGAGUGCCCAACCAGACCGAGAGAUUGUCAGUGACUGCUCCAAUUUUCUAAAUAACCAUUACCGUUUGCAGUGGCCGGAAACAUUCUUGUGCCGUACGAAGUGAAGUUUAUCCCUGAAGAGGAAAUUUUCAAUGAUGCUGUCAACAACGAUGACCGCAUCAACUUCGACCAGAAAGUUUUCGCUUCUAUGGGAGAAUAUGCCAUGCCGGAUUUGGCCGCAUUCGAUGGCUUCAAGCUUCUCGAUCAGAGAUUCAAUGACAAUCUGAAACGCAUGAAAAUGAACAGACCGACUCCAAUUCAAAAGGCUUCGUUCUUCCCGAUUCUCAACGGAUCCGAUGUUGUUGCUUGCGCCCAUACUGGUAGUGGAAAGACUUGUUAGUUUUAGGAAAAUAAGAUUAUAACUACAUUAGAAUUGCUUCAGUGGCUUUCCUGAUACCAAUGGUUGUGAAACUAAUGGAGGACUACGAGAACAGCGAAGGUGCUAUAGAUGAACAUCCAUCUCCGAUGUUGGUUAAUUGAAAGGGGGUGUCUCAUCAAAAUUGAAUUUCCAGCCUUUUGAUUGUGGCACCGACUCGGGAGCUUGCUAGUCAGACAUUCAACACCGCUCGCCAACUCACUUACCAGACAGGCCUCAAGUGCGGAUUGGCCUACGGUGGAUACUCCCGCAACGCUAAUCUCCAGCAUCUCCGUGGAUUGGACGUAGGUUUAAUUCACGCAGGCUUUCUGAUUUUGCCGUUUUCAGCAACUUCAUAUUAUGGUCGCGACCAUUGGAAGACUUCAGGACUUUUUGGAGUCAGGAGAUAUUACACUCGCUAAAUUGAAAUACGUCGUGCUUGACGAAGCUGAUCGCAUGGUGGAUAGCAAUGACUUCGGCCAAGAAGUUGCAAAAAUCAUCGGGCUACCGGAAGCACGUACCAUUCAAACGAUUUUGUUCAGGUAAGCUCCUAGCAUUUUGUCGGAAUCUGUUUUUGCAUUAUCAGCGCUUCCUUUUCCGAGAAUCUGCAACGUGAAGAUCUUCCGAAGUUUGUGAAAGAAGGUUACACUAUGCUUCAAGUGGACAAGUUUGGAACUGCCAACGAAAAGAUCGAUCAACAGAUCCUCCCAGUUCCGCGUUCAGAGAAAAGAACCGAGCUGUGCAAGCUGCUCGGAUUGGACGAAAAUACGUACGAUUUGCUGCCGGAUGCUCGUAUCCGGAAAGAGAAGACGCUGAUCUUCGUCAACUCUGUUAAAUUUUGUGAUUCGCUGGGCUCUUUUCUCGCCAGUGCUGGCAUCAAUACGAUUUCGGUUAGUGACAGAUCAAGUUCGGAUAUCUUUUCAAACAUUUCAUUACAGAUGCACAGCCAUCAAAAUCAAGAGCAACGUGAUCAAACUCUUAACGACUUUCGUCGCGGAAAACAUGAAUGCAUGGUGGCGUCGAACGUGUGUGCUCGUGGACUGAACAUCGCCGGAUUGGAUCAUGUCAUCAACUACGAUAUGCCUGAUAAGAACGGCUUCGACGAGUACGUCAACCGUAUCGGAAGAACUGCAAGAGCUGGAUAUACUGGAUCUGCGACUGCCUUCGUCGACGAGGAAACUGACAGUGAGAUCAUCCCAGGACUCGUCGCCGUUCUCACGGAGGCCAAGAAGGAAGUUCCCGAGUGGCUGAUAAAUAUAAACCAUCCAAGAGACACUGGCUAUGAGAAUGGACAGGAUGCUGAAGAGGAAUGGUGA